CGUUUACCCUCUCUUCAAGUUCGUAGAUACCGCGCUUAUGAUUCAAAUUUUGAUAACCUGGUGCAAGAGGUUAAAUCCAUUUUUCAAAUAAAAAAUCCGACCAUGUGCUGGUAUGAUGGCGAAGAUUACGUCACCAUUUUAUCUGGAGUUGAACUUUUGGAUGCAAUAGAGUUCUUUGAGAAGAAAUCUAAAAUAGGCUGCGAAGACUCACCGGUACCCCUAUAUAUAUCAUCCGAGGACUCAUUUUACACUUCAUCCCUUCCAGUUUCACCGGUCAUUUCUCGCACUUCUAGUGCUGACCCCUCUUCUCUUAGAGCUUCUCUCUUGUGCCAAAAAUGGAAUGAUCCCACCCCAAAUUGGGAAGCUGUUGAAGCUAAUGGUGAUGGGCACUCAGAAUCAACUCGUGCUCCUCAAGCUUCACGUGGUUAA